CCCGAGCGGUAGUUAUCGCUGGGAAUUCCCCGCCGAGUCGCACAAGAUCGCGGCCCGGGACGUUGCGAUCAUUGCUGGUUUAAGUUUUGUGGAAGAAGGUUCGUUUGCUUGACGGUGGAAUCAUGGGAACAAAGUUGGUGCUGGGAUUGUGGAGUUUACUGUGCGUUGUAUCAUUAGCAUCUUCAAAAGCGAUUGUCAGUUGCAAAGAUAAAACAACUUGCAGAAACCUAAGGAUUAUCACCUCGAACAGCAAUGAGAUUCCGUCUGGAUUGGCGCAGCAUCGGCAGUCGGCGGAAUCGAUUGACCUGCAUGGAAAUUUGAUGGAACGGUUUUUCGGUCAAGAUGUUGGAACCGCUAGUCAAUUAAAAGCACUAAAUCUGUCUUACAAUCUACUGAAAGAUGAUCUGCAUGCAAUUGGUAACCAAGUCCAAGAGAUUGAUUUGACUUAUAAUCAGUUGAGAUUCGUAAUGGUGCCAAGAGGUGUAAGGAUAUUUCUAGCGAUGCGUAACAAACUUUCGCGAGUGACAUUUGCAGGCACCAUUGUUGAAGAGUUAAAUCUUUCCAAAAAUCAAUUGGAUAGAAUUCCCGACAUCAGUAGGCAAUCCAAAAUGGUAACACUCGAUCUUUCGUGCAAUGAAAUAAGUGAAGUCAAUUUCGAUGAUUUACCCCGGUCUCUAAGUUACUUGAACUUGGCCAACAACCGUAUUUUUCAAACAUCUGGCGACAGAAUUUUAAGCAGUUUACAAUAUCUUGAUUUGUCCAGCAACAUACUUACUAUUGUUGACAAAUCUUUCAACUCUGUACCAAAUGUUAAAGAAUUUUACCUUCAGAAUAACGAGAUUGUAAUGAUCACGACGGAAAAAACAUUUUCCAGCUUAAAAAGCAUCGAUCUUCGUGAAAACGACUGGGAUUGCAAUUCGUUGAAAGUAUUCAUUGAAAGAAACAAUGUAAGAAAACUUCCAGACAACCCUAGCUGUAAGUACGGAAGCCUUGGUACAAAUGGUCUGUGCUGCAUACAAUCAUCAGCACCUUACGCCGAUCGAGUGAUUCGGUACAACAAACGUCAACACGAGGCCCUGCAAAACUCUUCAAUGCAUCAACAACGCGGUCCCAACUGUGCCAACUACAAGCCAAGCCCGUGCGACGGAGACGACAACAAGGUGUACGAGGUUGCCAAUGCGGCCGCCAACGAUGUUCAAUCUUUGGUUGCGCAGGAUAAGGAAGCCCUUCAAGGUAUCCUCAAUCAGCAAAGAUACUUGCUUGAAAACAAACAAAAUGAAAAGGCUCGUAUCGAGAACGAAAACGAUCAACUGCAAACAAAGCUGAACGAUAUGAUCGGUUACAUUGGAAAGUUGUACCAAGACGAUGGGUUUAAAGUUCCAGCAAAACCGGAUGAGCAGCUAAAACAGAUUUUCACGAAACGUGAUGCCGACAAUAAGGCCACCCUUGAGCAGGUCAUCGAAGAGGAACGGAAGCUGCAAAACCUGCAAGAAGACAUUGCCAAGAUCGAGGAAGAGCUGCAAGAUUUGGAUUAUCGGAAGGAAAGGCUGUUGGGUGACAUCAACGCGCGUAACGCUACGGUAGUUGAGCACGAGAAAAAAAUUAAGGAAUUGCAGGAAAAGAUUGACAAGCGAGGAUAAAUGUACACUUUUCGUGUGUAUGUGAAUCGGAAGCAUACAUAUUUUAAUAAAUUUAAUAUUUUCAUUUCAUGAA